AAGCCGACUUGGAACGGUACAGCGCCUAUCGUGCUUCCUUUCAUGGUUACUGCAUCUUCUUCACCAUCGUCUUCGCGAUCGGGGAGAGAAAUCGAUAGCGGGAGCGCCGGAGAACGAAUGGAAGAUUUCGAGAAGAAGGUGUCCAUAACAGACCCAAUGGACUCUGAACCCGAGACCACCACCCCCGCCGCCGCCGCCGCCGCUUCCUCUCAAGUCCUCCACUUGCUCCGCCGAUUCCUCGCCGUGCAGCAGCGCAGAGCCGAAGCUUAUGCCAAACUCAAAAGAGGUUUCGCGGAGUACCUGGUUUCGGGCGGGGAGGUGGCGUACCAACAACUAUGCGGCGAGAUCACCGCGGAGUUCAACGAUUGCUCUAAACAAGUUAUCGAAAUGGAGUCCUUAUUCAUGGCUCCAGAUCACUGCCGGGUCGAUUUAGCUCAGAUGCUGAGGGUGGUCCAAGCGCAGGAAAAGCAGAAAUUGCAUCUGACUGCUACCAUUCAAGUGCUUAAGAAAGCUGGUCGCCCUUCAGAACGUCUUGUAAGCCAUGAGAACUGCACAUUCAAGAAGCCAAUGCAACAUGAAUGCAUGCAUCUUCAUGAGAUAACGGAGGCUGAAGGAACAGAAGAGGCUGAGGCAGAUGCCGAGUAUGAAAAUGCUCUUAAUGAAGCCAUCAGAGGCGUGCAGGAUGCUGUGACAACCAUAAACGAACAUCUGGAAGAAGUCAGGUAUGAAAUUGAGGCACUAGAAGCCCAGUAAGUUGGCGAAUUUAGCUACCUACAUGUGGCAUUGCGAGCAAGACUACUAUAUACUUUUUAAUGGUGUAUAGUUAAUGCUUUUGCGCGGGAAUGUAGCUGCUUCACUGACUCCAUGUACAUCCACAAGUACUCUCUUUUUGCCUUUUUUCUCUAUGGAUAACUUUGUAUCUAAUUAUCCAAGAGGUGUAAUGACAAAGGGGUUUUUUGGCUAA